AUGCCUAUGCUCUGGCUCGACCCACAACAGCCGAUGGUGGCUCCUAGCAGUGGGCGGCGAUUGAUUUGUGUAGGCGAUGAAGAGAGCUCGGGUGAAGAGGGAAGCGAACCUGCUAUGCUAUCGCCGGUGACGAAGGCUUCACUGGCGGUGGCUGGUCGGUCGUGGACUUUGACGUCGAGGUUGGCGGCGCACGGACAGAGAAGGGAGAGAAGAGGGGAUCGACGCGAGGAAGAGAAGGCUCGAGGCUUUCCUUGGCCGAGGGGUUUUGCUGCUUCUUCACAUUUGCCUCUACUACUGCUUUACAUCUGUCGCUGCUGCUUCUUGGCGUCUGCCGCUGCUUCUUCGCAUCUGCCGUUACUGCUUCUUGGUGUCUGCCGCUGCUUCUUCGCAUCUGCCGCUGCCGCUUCUUCGAUCGCCUCUUCGUUUCAAGUACAUAUGGUUCAUCACGGACAGGGAUUUCAUUGCCUCGCUGCCUUUUCUAUCUUAAACUCACCCAUUACAACCAUUCAGUUAUCCAAUUCUGGUAACAACUUUGUUGUAGGAUUUCAUACUGGACAGGUAAUGGUGCUUGACAUUGCAUCAUUAGCUGUACUGUUCUGUACAGAUUGUGCAUUGGGAACAAAGUCAACACUAAUUUCUGCAAGUAGCCAUGCUAUUUCCCAACAUGUUCUCCAAGAAAUCAGUUCAAAGCAACCUUGUUCUCUGGCAGACUCUAUAGAGGUGAUACUCACCAUCACCAAGGAUUCACAAAUUGCAAUUAUCGAUAGCAAAUCUGGGGUUAUUAUAGGCUCCAGAUUACUUCAACCAAAUAAGGAAGCCGUUGCAGUUUCCAUCCAUGUAAUAGAAGGCUCUGUUACACUACCUGAAUCAAUCACUGCUGAUCUUGAGAACUGCUCCCAGAAUCGGCCAGAUGAAACUUCUCAAAGUGAAAACAAUGAGUUGACAGAGAAAAAAGAACAAGGUUAUCACUUGGAGGAUGCUCUGUACCAAUAUGAAGUGUUAAAAGAUCCACUACUUGUAAUUUGUUUUACAAAUGCCAUCUGUUUCUAUUCACUGAAGUCUGCGAUGGAGGGAAAUAACAACUUUACCCAUAAGGUGAACCUAUCGCAAAAAGUUUGUUGGUCAAUGACUUUAAAGGUAGAUGAUAUGGUAUCUGGAUUGGUGCUCCUAUAUGAAACUGGAACAAUUGAGAUAAGGUGUUUACCUGGUCUGGAAAUUAAAACAGAAACCUCUUUAAUGUCCAUACUCCGCUGGAGCUUCAAAACAAACAUGGGCAAAACCAUGAGUUUUUCUGACGAUGGGAACAUUGCUUUGGUUAAUGGCUGCGAAGUUGCUUGCAUAUCUUGUUGGCAUAAUAAAUCCAGGUUCUCAGAAUCCUUGCCUUGCCUUCAUGACAAAGUUCUCGCUGCUGCUGCAGAAGCUGCAAUUAAUCAAUUUGUAGAUUUGAAGAGAAAACAGACUGCCUCCCCAGGGAUAAUAAGCGGCCUCAUAAGAGGACUUAAAGGAGGUAAAACAGAGAAUGACAUCAAGAGUGACAGAAUACUUAGCUAUAGUUCCACUGCACAUUUGGAGGAAUUGUUCUCAAAAUUCCCAUUCUCAGACGAACCAACUACUUCAACUAUUGCUGAUGUUGGUGAAUUGAGAAUUGAUGAUAUUGAGAUUGAUGAUCCAUUACCUGUGCCAUCUCCUUCAAUAACUGUAAACAAGAAUAAUAACAAAGAUGUGAAGGAAAGAGAGAAGUUGUUUCAAGGAUCCACCAAGGAUAUGCAGCCAAGAAUGAGAAGCACUCAAGAAAUUAUGACCCAAUAUAAAUUUAAGGGGGAUGCUGCGGCAGCAGCAGCUCAUGCAAGAGAAAAACUUGCAGAGCGGCAGGAGAAACUUGAGAGAAUUAGCCUACGUACAGCAGAGCUUCAAAAUGAUGCUGAAAAUUUUUCAAAUUUGGCUCAUGAACUAGCCAAGACAAUGGAGAACAAGAAAUGGUGGAAACUAUGAAAAGAGUCUUAAUCAUAUGGCAAUGCGUAGCUGAUGGGCUUUGAAAAAUUUUAUUGCCUUCGCAAGCCAAUCAAUUGAUUAUGAUUCAGCAACAAAAGAUGAACUGUCAAGGACCCAAAGGACUCCAAUUGAUUGUUUUCAUAAUGAUUCCAUCAAAAGAAAUGCGUGCUGCUUAUGGUAAAGCUAAGUUGAGCAUUUGUAUGUAUAAUAUUCAUGUUAUAUUUAUUUUUUGCUUGUGCAAUUGGCUCCAGCAUUAUUUAGUGUUUGAUACCAUUGUGUAACCCAUUGUGUACUCACCAAUAUUGAGGUAUUAUCCUCUUUAUUGAUAUUUCAUGUUGUCUCAUAA